GACGCUUAAAGUAUAUAAAGUAACUAAAGUCAUGUUGUCCAAGCCAACCGUUAUCCGCGCGCGUCCUUCCUUCUUCGCUUCGCCUGUUGGCCAAUGGUUUGCUUGCAAGGGAACGGGUGGAACACGACAGAUUCGUUGCCUUGCGGCGACUCCAGAACAACAACCUCCUCAAGAGCAAGCAGCACAGGAAACCGGAAAGGCCAAGUAUCGCUGGACCUUCUAUGACAGCAAGGCAUCAGCAACCCAGCAGAAGAAGGACGAGGGGCGCCUCGUGCUGGAGCUGCCCCUAACCGCCAUUCGCCGACCCCUGGGUCGCACCCGCGCCAAUGACCCGCACAAGGUUGCAGCCCUGAUGGAAAGCAUUCGGGAGAUUGGACUUCAGGAGCCCAUCGACGUGUUGGAGGUGGAGGGGGUGUACUACGGCUUCUCAGGCUGCCACAGGUUCGAGGCCCAUCAGCGGCUGGGCGCCGACACCAUUCGUUGCCGCGUGCGCAAGGCCACUCGGGAGGUCCUUCGCAUGCACCUCAUGUGAUGCAGCAAGGGGGGGGAGAGAGGAAGAAAGCGCCAGGGGAUGUGCUGGAAGUGGCUGGUUGCGGGAUGGUUGGGGGAGAGACUCACGCGGUUGGCUGGGGGGCUGUAACCUGCAAGCGCAGUUUGCGGCUAGGGCGGGGGACCUCGUGAGCAAUGAGCCAAUGACACUUGUAGGGUGACAUAAAACACAUGCGAGCAGCCCGCUGGGUGGGGUGCGGUUUGGGCUUUAGGGUUUGUAUCUUUGAAACCAGGUGGCGCUGCGAAAGGACGGUACGACAUGUGCGGCAAUCUGGGUUGUUGAGUAUGGCGCCCCCACAGGUGCGGCCUCCACCAUUGUUUUGUUGAGCCCUUAUCGUGCCAACAGAGUCCAAUAGAGUGGCAGUUGCGCUCGAGUACCGACACGACGGGUAACGUAUUGAGCUGCGGAA